UGGGGGUGUAGAAAUUCAGCAUUUGUGUGUAUUGUCAAACAGCCUCCUGCCCUUUCUAGGUGAUAUUUUCAGCUCUCUGGCUUUCUGUCUCACAUUUUCUUCUUAAUUAGAUAGCAGAAGAACACAUCUUGAAGACCAACUGCCUUCCUCCUCCCCUACUCAAUUGGGAGUGAGAGAAAUGAUUUAGAAUUUAUGACGCUCAAGUUAAUCUAUACAGUAAAGUCAGUCCAAGAGGGGAUGCUUCUGGCAGGAUGUCCCCAGGUCCUUUCCAGCAUUUUUAGUCUGAGAACAUGGUUCAUUUCAUCCAGUGGGGUGUUUCAUGUUGUGUUAAGAAUCUAAGACUUCAGUGUCAAGUGUCUACAGGACAGAUGGAGGGGUUUGGCUUCUGGGCCAAAGGAAAGAGAAGAGGCCUAGAUUCUCUUUCCCUACUACUAGGCUUUAAGUGAGAGGGUCAGGAACCAGAUUCUGGGAGACACUGCCUUAGGAAUCCCUUCUCCAGUUUUGCUCUAGGGCUGAAGAAAAAACUAUUUGAGGUUGAAUGGGGUCAAGCAGAGGGGCUUAUUUUCAUAUGCAAUCAAGCCGGGAAUUCAGUCCCCAAAUCUGAGGACGGGGAUCCUUCACAGAUUCUUUGGAGCUUACCCCUCGACUUCAGAGUGGCCCCCAUAUUGCUUCCCUCGGCCCCGCCCCACUGCUGGAGAGGGCCGGGCUUGGGGGCGGGGCCAGGCCGGGGGCGGGUCCUCACCGGCCGCGCCGCGCGUUGCCUUGACGACCGCGACAAGAUGGCGACCCUGCCGGGAGGGAUUCAGGGGCUGGACCCCGAGGCGCUGAGCCCUGAGCAGCUGGAGCAGCUGCGCGGCUUCAAGAUUCAGACCCGGAUUACUAAUGAAAAGUACCUAAGGACACACAAAGAAGUGGAGUUGCUCAUAAGUGGUUUCUUCAGAGAAAUGUUUUUGAAAAGACCAGACAACAUUCAAGAAUUUGCUGCAGACUAUUUCACGGAUCCAAGACUUCCCAACAAGAUUCACAUGCAGCUAAUUAAGGAGAAGAAAGUGGCUUAAUUAGCAAAAUCAUGAUGCUCAGCUGUUGAGAGAGACCAGAAAGAAUCCAGCCUCGGGGUCAUCUGGAAGCAAAAGAGCCCUGUUGCCACCAGUGUGGGUUCCAGGCCGCCUUGGACUGUGUCUGCAAAGGCUUUUAAAGAUACUCAUUAAAAACAGACCUUCCUCCUGC